AUGAAGUUCAGUAUUGUGAUCCUCCUCUUUGCCAGCCUGGCGACGAUGACGACGCUGAGCGAGGCCUUUGGCGGCAAGGCCCUGCUCGGUGGCGCCCUGCUCGCCGGCGGCGCCCUCGCCGGUGGCGCCCUGAUCGGUGGCGGCCUGGCUGGCGCCAGCGGCUUCUACGGCCGUGGAUUCUACGGGCGUGGGUACUACGGCGGCGGCGGAGGCUAUGGCGGUGGGUACUAUCCUCGGGCGUACGGCUACGGCUAUGGAACGCCGGUGUACGCUGGUGGGUACUACGGGGGCGGGUAUGCGGCGGCGCCCGUGUACGCCGGCGGAUACUACGGUGGCGGCGGUUAUGGGUACCCGUGCUAA